AUGCAAGACAACAGAGACGAUUUCGACGAUUACAUUUAUGCUAUGAGGUUACAACAUAAAAUUUAUGACGAACAAAACGGAGUUGAAAAUGACUACACUAUUGCUAUGAAAUUACAAGAAGCAUAUAAUAAGGCAAGAACCAAUGUAAGAAAAGAAAAUGAAGAUUUGGUAUCUCGUACGAAUAACAUUUCAUUUGAAGACCGCAAACAAAACGAAGCUGAUAAUGACUAUGCUAUUGCUAUGAAAUUGCAAGAAACAUAUAAUAAGGAAAGAACAUAUAAUAAGGAAAGAACCAAUUUAAGAAAAGAAUACGAAGAUUUGGCAUCUCGUAUGAAUAACAUUUCAUUUGAAGACUACGGAGAAGUCUCUGAGAGAUUUCCAAACAAACCUGCUAAUAAAAAAAUUGAUAAUAGGGAGCCGUAUAGCAGAAAUUUUUCCCAAUGCAAUUCUAAUGAUAUUGAUAAUGAUUAUUCUCCGCCUUCUUAUUACUCUUCUCAAAAGCCUGCACAUAAUGAUUACAGAUAUCACCACACUCCUGCAUCUAACAACAACAAUAAUGAUUAUUUUCAAGAGCAUCUAUUCGAACAACAGCAAUUUUCACGUCAAUUUCCGCAACAAUUUCCACAUCAGUUUUCACAGCAGUUUCCACAGCAGCAAUUUUCACAGCAGUUUCCUCAGAAAUUUCCACAACAAUUUCCUCAGCAAUUUCCACAGUACCAACAACAGACUGCUCCUGAUUAUCAAGAAAUGUUUUCUCAAUUCAUGAAACAACAGCAGAUAGCCUCUAAUAAUCAGGAAAUAUUUUCUCAAUUCAUGAAACAACAACAGAUGUCUUCUAAUAAUCAGGAAAUGUUUUCUCAAUUCAUGAAAUUUAUGGAGGCAUCAAAAAUCCAAACCAGAAAAAUAAUAUUCAAUCCGACUAUGAUACACAUAAUACUAACUUUUCUCAAGAACCUAAUCGAAAUUCUAUUGUUAGGCGGAGCUGGAACCGGAAAGUCUACUAUUAUCAAUACGAUGACAAAUUACUUUUUAGGUGGUACUCUUGAUAAGCCAAAAAUUGUGAUUCCAACAAAGUUUUAUAAAGUUACUGAAAACGAGUAUCUCAAUAAAGAUCCGGAAUCAAAAGUUGACGCUGUAACCAAGAGUCAAACUACAAAAUGCCAUACCUAUACUUUUGACCAUCCUGAGAAUACUGCUUAUAAAUUUAUCCUCAUUGAUACUCCUGGAUUAAGCGACACAAAUGGUGUUAAGCAAGAUGACAAGAAUAUUCAAGAGAUUAUAGAUGCUGCAAUUUCUGCCGGUUCUUUAUCAGCUAUUGUAAUCAUUGCAAAUGGAACUGAAGCUAGAAUUACUCCGUCAAUCAAGAAUACAUUGGUUAGAUUGUCAAAUAACCUUCCUGAUGAUCUGUUGGGUAAUCUUUUGCUUAUUUUAACAAAGUGCACAAAACGCAGCGCUUCUUUCUCUGUAAAUGAUUUUUCAAAAGAAAUUGCAAGGCCAAAGGCUACCUUUCAUAUGGAUAAUCGAUUUUUCUGUACUGAUCCUGAAGUCUGGAAUGAUGAUAAUGAUGAACGUGUCGAUGUUGAACAUCAUUGGAAAAUAGAUUACAGAAACAAAAUUAAAUCUGAAAUCGCUAAAGUGACUCAAGAUAUUACAAAUAUCCAACGAGUUCAAGAUUGCCUUGAGGCUGCUCAGAAAGCAUUACAAAAAACUGACAAUCAAAAGAAUUCUUAUUCUAAUUAUACAAAAACCGAAACAAUCACUCUCGACAAAAUUGUUCCCUCUAACUAUCAUAGUACUAUUUGUACCCUUCAUGGCAAAGAAAAAAUUUGUCAUGACGCUGCUGCUAACGCUAAAUAUGAAGUUAUCCAUAAACUUUGUAAAGAUUUAAGUAAAAUUUGUUCUCGGUUUAAUUUUGUUGAUGAACUUCAUGCAAAUAUUGAAAGCAUGAGACAAGAUGCAAGAUUAAUACAGAAUGUUAAUAUACGAAGGAAUGCUGAAGCAGAGAUUCAAAGACUUGAGAAAUUAGCUACAGAUUUGUCAUCCAAACCUGGAGCUAGUGGUGGUGGUUCUCAAUGGAAUCCAUUGAACACUAUUCG